AGACGCAGCGACACUCUGUCUCCACCGCUGACAGUACAACACUUAUGGGAACGUACUAUUUUGAAGAAGUCGAGAAAAGUCGUGGGAUUGUCUUCUGCAUAUGAUGGUAAGUGCCUGAAAUUAUUAAUCUGAUCUGGAUUUAAACUGGCUGAAAAUGAGUAGUAGAAAGUGCUGCAUAUUUCUCCACAUGAGUCAAACUAAGUGAAUUUUACUGUUUAUAUAUGUCAAUAAAACCUAUUUACUGUAUAUAUUUGAAUGGCAUUGCAUAAAAAUGACUUCUGCUUUAUUUUUAACCUUGUUGCAGAUGACAUGAUUAUGUUUGAUAAAAAAUAAGCUGUUAAGGUCAUGAUCAAAUCAUCGCCUCUUUCUGGUUUUUUCAGAGGUAUAAAGUGGCCACUUCUGCAGCGCAUUAAAUAACCUGUCACCACACUGAGCCUUGUCUGUGAUAAAGGCUGGCUGCAAAGUGGCAGGGUUCUAAUAAAUUGCAGAGAGACCUUUCUCUGAUUCAGUGACCUCACCUUCAAACAUUUUUCACUAAAAGCGUCACACAAAUGUCCCACGUGACAACAAGAUUACACCUGAGGUGCCAAAUUACAUAAUGGGUUGUUAUUGCACCUUGUUGACGUAAAGCCUGACCCUGCAUAUAUAAUGCUUCAAUGGGUUCUCUCUGUUCCGGGUGAGGAUGUGCUGCGGUGCUUGAAAGAGAUCCUACCUCUUCAAAAAUCAGCAUCAUAAGAGGGUGGAUUUCAAAGAUUCAAGGGCGCCUUUUACCAGAAAGCAUCACCUGUAUACAUCUAAUUUAUCAGAUUAACAUUUUCAUCAAAACAGGGAUUUUUUCCCCCCAAAAUAGAGCAUUUGUGAAAACAUGGGGGACUCCAACAUUAGCCACAUGGGAACAGACAUUCCAGGAAGUCUCCUAGCAGCCAAACCGGAUCACUACCUGGACUUAUAUGACACAGACUAUGGCAUCCUUCCUGAAGAUAUCCCAGACACCACUCAGGGCCAGGCCUUCUUUGUAGCCACCAUCGUUAUCGGAGUGGUUCUCGUUUGCAUCGUGCUUGUCUGCGGGCUGGGAAACUUUAUAUUCAUUGCCACGCUCACACGCUACAAGAAACUCCGUAACCUCACCAACCUGCUCAUUGCAAACCUGGCCAUCUCAGACUUUAUAGUGGCAGUGGUGUGCUGUCCGUUCCUGGUGGACUACUAUGUGGUGAAACAGCUCUCCUGGGAUCAUGGGUUGGUGCUUUGUGCUUCUGUCAACUACCUGAGGACUGUGUCACUUUAUGUGUCCACCAACGCCUUGCUCGCCAUUGCAGUUGACAGGUGAGUAUGUUAUUUUUGUUUUCAUAUUUCUAUCAGCCUGUGCGCUCAAUUCUCUAAGCCACUAUUUCUUGGAGGAAUCCACCAGCACUAUCUGAAGUGAUAUCAAUCAGUCGUGCUUCCAUGUUUUUGUCGGCCUGCAAUCCUACUUUAUCUCACCUUAUAAAAGAACCUUAAAUGACAACUGCUGUCAUUUACAAUGAUAUGACUGUGGGCUACGCAAUCUCUCUUUUUCUCUAACCCCUCUAUUCGACAUAAUACCUGGUAAACUCAAUCACUAACAACCCAGACAUUUCCCUCAGACUGAAACUGGCAGAUCCUGUGAACAGAUUUCAAGUCAAGGCAGGCAACAGAUGAAACCCCUCGUGCUCUUUGUAAACAAUUGUAUCUUAAAUGAACCUUCGAGCCAUGGCACCUUUAUUUAAUUUAAUUGAACAAAAGUAACCGUAUCCAAUUAGAAUCGACAAACAACUUGUUGAAAAUAAAACUGCAAAUUUUAACCUCAUCAGUCUGGUUUAUAUUGGUUUUGUUCACACUAAAAUAGAGACUUCUUUCUGAACAAGCAAGGCCUUUGCAUGACGUAACAGUGAGAAUGCUGCAACUACAUUCUGGGACGUGUAUUUCUGUUGAUGCAGAAAUCGUAAAAAGGUGAAAAAAAUAAGAAGAAAUGUGUUUUACAUGCACACCACCACCAGAAUACUAAACACUAUCAAAUAAUUCUUUGUUAUAGAUGGUUUGUUUGUAAUAGCAAACACAAGCCCCUUACAUAUCUGUUAAGCAUGCAACAGGCUAAUCAUUCAACAUCAUUUCUCUUAUACUACAAAUCCUGUAUUUAUCCAGUAUCUUGACUUGAGUUGAUCCAACUCUCAAAAGUAUUCUUCCUGUGAAUAAAGAUGAAAAGACAACUUUAACUUUAACUUUUUUUAGGGAACAGACCUAAACAUAUUUCUUCUUAUAGCUAAGACUGAACCACAGAUAACUGAACUGUCUGUAAGACAAGGAUAUAAUCUUGAUGCAUUUAUCAGUUUAUUGCUAAAUCAUUAUAAAUUGUUAGCCGUAGCUAAACCAUGCAAAAAUUUACAAAUACAAAGCAAAGACAAGUCAAAAUAUAUCCUCCCUCUGAGCCAUGGGGUUGCUGUGUCUGUUUUAUGCCUGAUUGGUGUGUAAUUGCAUCCUUUUUCUUAUCCUCAUAAAAUAGAAACACUGGCUUAUUAUGAACACAUGUCACAUACAAUGAAUGUUAAACUGCCGCUCUACCUCUGGCAUUUCUAAUGAACAUUCAUUGUUGCAUUGAAUGGAUAUGAACACUGCAUACUAAUGUGACAUGAACAUAAUUCAAAGGAGACACGGUUUGGUAAUACCUGUGCACCAUCACUGCAUCAAUACAACAACAGCACAGUGUCUUGGUUUAAAACUGGUUUUAGACUACCAUAGUUUUAGAAAGUAAUUGCUCCAAAUCAACUUGUCCUUUCUCUUUUUAUCUUUCCAACAACUCUUGUUCCUUUUAAUGAGAAAACACCCACUUUAAAGGGGUUCUUGUCUUUACUUGAUUUGAUAAUACUGUACUUUAGUACACACAUAAAAAUAGACACCUGCAUGAAUGCAUGAGAGAAUUUAACACUCAAAGACUCACAAAGAAGAAGCCUUGGGUUUAUGAUCUUUUCCAAGGACUGCUGAUGAGGCUGGGUAAAGACUUUGUAGUGCAUCACUUAAAUGCUGAUUAUAAAUUAGUGUUCAAUCGAUACCUCCUGCAAAUAUGGGAGUUUAAGACUGUUCACACUGGCAGCAGCUCCCUGUGGACAGCCUCUAUUACAGACUCCUCAGGCUAUAGGUCUGUCCUUGAAUCCACCACCAAGGCUGGAAAUGUUGACUUUAGCUGUAUUUGGUAUCUCACAUUGUAUAGUUUAGUAUAGAUUCAAGAAUGCUGCAACAGAAUAAGAACUGCAAUAUGGAGUUAAAUUGGACAACUGUGUUGUUUAGCUACACAACAACAUUCAAAACAAACUGUAACCCAGGACAGGAGCUUUAUUGAGCUAGAAACACUUUGACUUUAUUCCUUACUAUCUACUGAUUUUCAUUUUAGAUUCAAGUUUUCAACUUAAGUUUAAGAGACUGAUGUUGGUUUAGCCUGAUUUGCUCCAGGACAGAGUUUUUGUUCAUUAAAUAAAAUAAAGCUCUCCUUAGAAGUUUGAUCUCUCUAGAUGGGGCUCAGUCUUUUCCCAUCUCUAAAUUGAGGUCUUUGUAAAAAGAGUGUGGUCUAAACCAGCUUUAUGGUUCAGAGUCUCAGGAUAACACUUGUUGUGAAUUGGCGACAUACACAGACAAACAUAUACACACACAUCGACAUACGAUGAAUCAACAAGAACAGAGGGGAAGACGGGGACUAUAUACACACUGGGUAAUGAGCAACAGGUGAGGCAGACGAGACACAGGUGAAACUCGUAAGUGAUUAACGAGGGAGGGAAAACUAGGGAAGUAAAACCAGACUAGAAACACAAGGAAUCAACUACUACAAAAUAAAACAGGAAACACUAAAAACUGAUCUAAAGGAUAAAACACAGAGAACAGGAGGGAAACAGGGUCAAACACAAACUGAAAACUCACAAGACUGGACUGCAGGGGAACAGGAACACGAGGGAAAACACAGAAAAUACACUCAAAUAAAACCAGUAAAAAACUGAAUCAACAGAACAUAUCAUGACAUAAAGUAAAUGAAACAACUUGAUUUUCUACAAAAAAAAAAAAAUUCUCAUGAGUAUAAAUGUCUAAAACUUUGUUUAAAAAUGCACUUAAGUGAUCUGUCAAAAAGGUCUUGCUGAAAAACUCACCACUGCCAUCCCUAUAGAACUUGGCAGGUAUUGCCAAGUUGGAAGAAAGCCUCCAAAAAACGUGACUUUUUACCCUUUUGAAAGAUUCAAUUCACUAAAUAAUGGACAUCUGAUAUUGAACUUGAAUUUUCCAUGAGAGUCCGUCAGUCCGGUUCUUGAGUGACACAGCAUACAGACUAAAGCCGAAAACAUACAGGAUCCAUAUUUAGCGUUCCGUAGAGCAGCAUUGGAUAUCGCAUACACGCCCUGUGUGCUUUGCUGCAUUGAUUAGAAUGGUAACCUAUUCACUGCGUGAUACGCGAUGCUGCUGCCAUCCUCCAAAUAUGUAUGUUUUAGCCUUAAUGAAGUGGACUUCUUUUUCUUCACAAGGCAUUUCCAUGUUUUUUUUUCCAGGUACAUGGCUAUAGUCCAUCCACUGAGGCCCCGUAUGAAGUACCAAACCGCCUACUGCCUGAUUACCGGAGUCUGGAUUGUUCCCAUUCUGAUAUCCAUCCCCUCUGCCUACUUUGCCUCUGAGACCCCUUACCCUCAUGGCACAUCCAAUUCAGCCACCCAUAAAGUUUUCUGUGCCCAGAUCUGGCCUGUGGACAAGCAGGUCUACUACCGCACCUACUUCUUGUUCGUUUUUGCCUUGGAGUUUGUCGGGCCUGUCAUCUUCAUGGCGAUGUGCUAUGCCCGAAUUUCUCGUGAGCUUUGGUUCAAGAACGUCCCUGGUUUCCAAACAGAGCAGAUCAGAAAGAGGCUCCGUUGUCGCCGUAAAACAGUGAUGGUCCUGAUCAUGAUCUUGACAGCAUACAUCUUGUGCUGGGCACCGUACUACGGCUUCGCCAUCUUGAGAGAUUUCUUCCCUACACUUAUCUCCAGGCAGAAAAACUCAUUGGUGGCCUUCUAUAUCAUUGAGUGCAUUGCCAUAAGCAACAGCAUGAUCAAUACGUUCUGCUUUGUCAGUGUGAAGAACAACACCAUGAAAUACUUGAAGAAAAUUGUGUUGCUGCGCUGGAAGUCCAAGUAUGCUUUAAGUAAGACUGUGGAUGAGAUGGAUUUGAGGACCUCCUCAAUGCCUGUUACAGAAGAGAUUGAAUGUAUUCACUUGAGAUGAAGGGAGAAAACAUGUAACAUCACAGCCGAACUGUUGAUAUGUAUAUCAGGAGUGUAAAGAACCAAUGAUGUGAAUUUGUAACUGAUUUUAAUGUUAGAGAUACCGUUUUACCGCUGUGGUCCAGAGCCCCGGGUGUGUUUAAAUGUAAUAUAAGCCAAUUCUGAAGGAUCAGUUUGUUUAUUCAAGCCGUGCCUACUCUCAUAAAAGUCAAAUCUUAGCUUUUCACCUUCAACCAGGGCAAUGCUCACAUUCGUCAAGGUUUUAAGGUCCUUACACACCGAGACCGAUGCAAAUAUACAGCACGUCCCGGGGGGAAGCAAGAAGACUGACACAACACCAGACUGACUGUUUUCAGUUCUGAUUAGACUCUAGUGUUGAGAUGACUGUCUGUCAUGAUAGCAUGUACUGAGUUGGGGCCAGUACCAGAUAAGCACAUUAAACUAAAAUCCAUAAACGUAAGGUAACAACCAAGACCUAAUGGUGCUGUGACAGCAACACGAUAGAGUUUGAGACAGUGAAAAUACAUAUGGUAUGUUGUAUCUGAACAGGUAAGCUUAUGAGCUAAAGUUACUUAGCACAGAUGAAAGUUAAAACAAAGACGUUUAGCAAAUCGUUAAAGCACACAAACCGACGCUAUGACUCUCCACAAGUUGUCCUUCAGGUCGUUAUCUUUGUAAUGUUUCCUAUCAAAAAACACUCUGUCCUCCGACACAUAAACAAUCAGCUAGUCGGCCAUGUUGGGUGAAUCAGACGUCGCAACAACACCAAAUCUGAUUAGUCAGAAGUGAACAAACAAUAUGCGAAACUUUAGAAAAAUCGACCGUGAUCCAAAAAAAUAAAUGCUGCAAUAUCGCAGGACGGGAAAACAUCGCUGAUAUGAACGCUUGUAUUGACAGGAUACGGGUUUGAAAAAAAACAUUGAUGUCUGAAGUAAUUGCACAAAAAAUAAACAGUCCCGGUGUGUAAGGACCUUUAGUCAUUGUUUUUUUUCAUCUGAUAUUGUCACAAGUUAAAAAAAAUUAUAACUAUCAUCAUGUUGUGGUAAUCAUGUUUGCACACUGACUCUGAAGCUUUUGUCCAUAUUUAUUUAUUUAUUAUUGGCAGAAAUUGAUGGUUGUCUCUUUGACGAGUGUUUCAGGAUGUUUAUCAUUCUGCCUUGUCUUUUCAUCGCUACUGGAUGGACCCAAAAAUAACAGUGUAACAACCCUGAGCCCUUGAUGACGCUGAUGAUAGUUUUUUUGUUCAGCGGAUUUUCAUAUUGUGUACAAGACUGCGAUGAAUACAGAUCCAAAAUUUGUAUCUAAAAAUUAAAAAAAGAGUGUGCUAAGACCUUCAUCCUGCAAGAGAAGUAUCUUACUUUAAAAUGGUUUAAAUGCUUUUCAACUCAUUACCCUCCUCCUCCUCAUUCUCAUUCAAGGAACAGCAUAUUCACUGCUCUCUUAUCCAAUCAGUCAUUCAAUAGUGUACCUCUCCACACAUACUCACUUAUACACAUGAACACGCUCACAGUCGAGUCUUAAGUCUCAAGUGAAAUGCUUUAGAGGGAAACUUUAUAAAGGAAAAAGACCAAAUGUUAAGAUUUGCAUCGCAUUGCAUCACAUUGCACCAAAUCCGAUCACUCUAAAUUAUUAAAAAUUAAACUUCUAUUCAUGAAUUAUAUUUUAGCUGAUAAAUGUAACGCACACCCCUCUCUACAUGAGCUUUUCUUGUAUUUACAACUCACUUUAAGAUGGCGAAAGGCAAUGUGAAGCAGAAGUGUGCUUCACUAGAGCAUCCUCUAUGAAUUCAUCAAACAUACAAUACUUCUAUGGGAGGUGUUGUGACAAUAUCAUCAUUGUGCAUACUGUUGUUAAAAUCUCAGUUAUAGUGAAAAAUGUAAUGUGUAACAGAAAAAUACUGUAUAUUAUAUGGAAAACCUGUAAAUAACUGCUGCUACUGACUACCAGUGGUACACAGAGAUAUUCUCUGUUAAACGCGUAUCUUAGUGGUAAUAUUUGUCUACUGUUAUGCUAAAAAGCUGUCUAAACUAAAAAAAAAAAAAAAUCUGUUUUGCUUUUUUGUAUAAAUCAUUUGUGUUGGCAUAAUUUUUAUUUUGCCUUGAAGAAAAUAUUCAGAAUUUGUCUGUACAGAUGCUGUUUUGUGUUAUGUAAAGUACUGAGAUGUCAAUGAAAGCUGUAUUUCCAUGUGUUUUCAGUGUCCUUAAAGAAUAAAUAUUUUUUCUUGUAAGUUUAUCCUUGAAGAAAAA